AUGCCUCGUAAACUUUCAUAUCUAGGCAGGUUUCUUUCUCCAGUGAAUUCCUUGAAUGUUUUAAACAAAAUAAAUACUUCGAUGGAUACCAAUAUAUCUACGCACAACCAUAAUGGCUCAAUAAAACCUGUAAUUUUUUAUAAUGGCAGAUUUCAUUUUGUUGAAGAGGAUACCGCUGCUAAGUUCCAUUUUGAUACAGACUAUGCUUUAUUUCAAAUAUAUAACUUAAAAGGUACAAAACAUGAUAUUAUUGAAGCAAUUACAGACGUUGCGGGACCCGCGGGUUCUAUAUCUUUCUUGAAUGAUUUUGAAAGAACUUUUUCAAGAUGCUCGGAUCAUAGGAUAGAAUUAAGAGCUGGCUCAUCUAUCGAAAUAAAUGAUCCGGCUAAAUUAAAGGUCAAAAUCAAGUUUAGUAAUAAAUCUCAUGUUGACGUUGUGGAAGGUCUUCGAACAUCCACUUCAAUUGCCGAACUAACUCUUAAUGGCUUUGCAGAUUGGGUGCCAUUAGAUAGCACAAGUUACGAAUGCAUUAUACAAUCAUCAGAGACAUCGCAUGAUAAUUCGAUUACAAAAUCAGAAUCAGAAUCUAGGCACACAAUCUUACGAGCUUUAAGUGAUAAUAUUGAUCCGGUAUUGCUAGACGUGGUUAUUGAUGAUUUGUUGGAUGAUUUUGAAUCUGGAGCCUUCAGGAAAUUAUUUCCCGGUCCGAUCGUACGUGUCGAUCGAGGCAUUAAUGAAGUUGUCAUGACCGUAGUUUUGACACGUGGUCGUUACCCAUUUGAUGAAGAUAUGGGAAAGAUAUUCAUUGAAAUUCUCAAUGCUUUAAUUCAAGAUCGCAAAAUUGAAAAAAAAUUUGAUAAGCAUAUAUAUGAUUCGUUUUUCCUGUUGGUGGUGCGUAUAUUAAACUUGAUACGUGAUUUGGUUCAUCUGAACGAGACAUAUGAAGAUUUUCAUUCACCUGGAGUAUGUCCGUUAUUUGCUAAUUCAAUAAAAUUUAUGAAAGUCAAAUAUAUUGAAAGUCUUACUGACUUGGAAAAAGCAUUAAUUGACAUUGGAUUUGAUAAUUUUGAAGAUCGCCUUCAAGAACUUACGAUGAUGAUUCGUGAGGUGGAUCGUUGCGUAGAAACAGCAUAUGGAAAUUUACAAGCUGAUGUAGAAAAAUGGAAAAAACGCAGAAGCAUGGCCAAUUUUUCUUAUUUUUUAUCAAUACUUAUAGCUAUUGCAUUACCAUCGAUAUAUCAUUAUUAUCGUCAAACAGAAUAUGUUCCAUUUGGUCCCAUAACGUCAAUACUUGGAUGCGUUCUUGGUUUUUUUUGUGCAUUUUGGCAUGGAUGGUCACGUAAUAGUUAUGAUAAAGCUAUUUCAUCGCAUAGGAAAGCCAUACCAAUUCAUUCUUCUACAACACAAAGUUUAGAUUCAUUGGAAAGAUGGUUAAAUAGAAUUUCAAUUGUUAAAAGAUGUAAAAUUCCAAUGAAUUAUAAUGAACUUAAAGGAAGAAAGGCAAUCUUAUCUUACCUUUUUGAUGAAUUGGUCUCUUCUGUUGCAGAAUUGAGACUAAGCAUUUGUUUAGAGGAUGAACUCAGAAGAUAUAGAUAA